CCGCCAUGGAGCGGGGCUGGGCGGCUGCCGCGUGAGCCGCCGCCAUCCGUCCCCUUCCCCUCAGCCCCCGCCCUGAGGGAGACAGACAGACAGACAGACAGACAGUCAGACAGACAGACAGACAGGGCCCGGGGACAGAGGCGGGCGCAGGCCGGAGACGAGCAGGAGAUGGUUCGGGCCUAGCGGAGCCGGGACAGGAGGCUUGGAGGAUGGAUCAGGGGGCAGAGGAGAGUUUGGGGGAACGCCUGCUCCGCUGACAAAGGAAGGCCUUCCGGGGAGACCGGGUGUUUAGCCGAGGGUCCCAGCAGAACUCCCUCUCGGUGGAGGGUGUUGGGGAGAUUCCGGAUGGUGGACUGUGGACUGAGGACCUGGAUGGCGUCGGUGUAGUUGGUGUCAAUUUGGGGGAACCUAGAGCAACAGCAAAGCUGAGGUCAAACUGCCAUACAGGAUGGACACCAAGGAAGCUGUGUUUGGGACAAAAAGAAAGCAAACUAAGCAACAUGAACCGUGAAGAUCGGAAUGUGCUGCGUAUGAAAGAAAGGGAAAGGCGAAAUCAGGAAAUUCAGCAGGGGGAAGAAGCCUUUCCACCUAACUCACCUCUCUUUGCUGAACCUUACAAAGUUACCAGCAAGGAAGACAAAUUAUCUAGUCGUAUUCAGAGCAUGCUCGGAAAUUACGAUGAACAGGGCAUGCUUGGAAACUACGAUGAAAUGAAGGAUUUUCGAGGAGACAGAUCUCUACAGAAGCUUGUUGUAAUCCCCAAGUCAACAGCACCAUCAGCAACAGAUGAAAAACCCAACCCAAGUUUCUUUGGUGAACAGAGACACAGUAGCUCUCAUCAGAGCAGCAAAUGGACUCCUGUAGGGCCAGCACCUAGCACUUCUUCCCAGUCCCAGAAACGGUCCUCAGGUUUACAGAGUGGACACAGUAGCCAACGGACCAGUGGUGGUGGCGGCAGCAGUAGUAGCAGCGGCCAGAGGCAUGACCGUGACUCUUACAGUGGUGGUGGUGGUGGUAGUAGUAGCAGCAGCAGCAGCCGCAAAAAAACUCAGCACGGAUCAGAACACUCCAAAUCCCGUUCUUCCAGCCCUGGAAAACCCCCUGCUGUGUCUUCAUUAAGCUCCAGCCAUUCCAGGUCUCAUGGGAAUGAUCAUCACAGUAAGGAACAUCAGCGCUCCAAGUCUCCUCGGGACCCUGAGGCAAACUGGGACUCACCCUCCCGGGUUCCUUCGUUUUCAAGCGGGCAGCACUCUAACCAAUCUUUCCCUCCUUCCUUGAUGUCCAAGUCCAGCUCAAUGUUGCAGAAGCCCACUGCCUACGUCAGGCCCAUGGAUGGACAGGAGUCCAUGGAACCAAAGCUAUCCUCUGAGCACUACAGCAGCCAAUCUCAUAGCAACAGCAUGAGUGAGCUGAAGCCUAGCAGCAAAGCACAUCUAACCAAACUGAAAAUUCCCUCUCAACCAUUAGAUGCAUCAGUAUCUGGUGAUGUGAGCUGUGUGGAUGAAAUUCUCAAAGAGAUGACUCACUCAUGGCCACCCCCUCUAACAGCCAUUCAUACGCCAUGCAAAACAGAGCCUUCCAAAUUUCCUUUUCCAACCAAGGAGUCUCAGCAAUCCAAUUUUGGUACUGGAGAACAAAAAAGAUACAAUCCUCCAUCUAAAACGUCAAAUGGUCACCAGGCCAAAUCAUGUGAAUCGAACCAGACAGAUAUGUUAAAAGAUGACUUAAAACUCAGCAGCAGUGAAGACAGUGAUGGGGAACAGGAUUGUGAUAAAACAGUGCCAAGGAGUACCCCUGGAAGUAACUCUGAACCGUCACACCAUAAUAGUGAAGGAGCAGAUAAUUCCAGGGAUGACUCGAGCAGCCAUAGUGGAUCCGAAAGCAGUUCCGGAUCUGACUCGGAAAGCGAAAGUAGUUCCAGUGACAGUGAGGCUAACGAGCCAUCCCAGAGUGCGUCUCCUGAGCCCGAGCCACCCCCAACCAACAAAUGGCAACUGGACAAUUGGUUGAAUAAGGUGAAUCCACACAAAGUGUCACCUGCUUCCUCUGUGGACAGCAACAUCCCCUCCUCGCAAGGUUAUAAGAAGGAAGGCCGGGAGCAGUGUCCAGGGAGUGGCUAUGUCGAUCAGACAGGGCCUAAGGAUUCCAACUCCUCCACUCCCGGUCGAGAUUCCAAAACCGUCCAAAAAGGAUCCGAGGGUGGUCGUGGCAGACAAAAGUCUCCCGCCCAGAGUGAUAACACGACCCAGAGAAGAACUGUGGGGAAGAAGCAGCCCAAAAAGGCAGAGAAAGCGCCUGUUGAGGAACCUAGGGGUGGACUAAAAAUAGAAAGUGAAACCCCCCUGGAUAUGGCCACAAGCAUGCCCUCAAACAGGCACAAGGCAGCCACAAAAGGCUCCAGGAAGCCCAACAUAAAGAAGGAACCCAAGUCAUCCCCUAGGCCCACGACGGAGAAAAAGAAAUACAAGUCAACAAGCAAAUCUUCCCAGAAAUCUCGGGAAAUCAUAGAAACAGAUACCUCAUCCUCUGAUUCUGAUGAAAGCGAGAGUCUCCCGCCUUCAUCACAAACUCCUAAAUAUCCCGAGAGCAAUAGGACUCCUGUUAAACCCUCCUCCAUGGAGGAGGAAGACAGCUUUUUUCGACAGAGAAUGUUCUCUCCUAUGGAAGAGAAGGAACUCCUUUCACCACUCAGUGAGCCUGACGACAGGUAUCCUCUCAUUGUGAAGAUUGACCUGAAUCUCUUGUCCAGAAUACCAGGGAAGCCUUACAAAGAAACUGAGCCACCUAAGGUGGAAAAGAAAACUGUGCCAGAAAAGCACCCGAGAGACCCACAGAAACAAGCCUCAGACAAAGUCUCUAACAAGGGCAAGAGGAAACAUAAGAGUGAUGAUGACAACAGACCCAGUGAAAGUAAGAAAACUAAACUGGAGGACAAGGGUUCACUGAGCCACAAGACGUCCAGCAAUAGAGAGUCAUCCAAACCAAGUGCUAUAAAAGAGAAGGAUCUAUUGCCUUCCCCAGCUGCACCUAUUCCCCCCAAAGAUCCAAAGCCAGAGCAUGGGUCUCGGAAGAGGACAGUCAGCCAAUCGUCUUCCUUAAAAUCUAGCAGCAACAGUACCAAGGAGAGCAGCAGUAGCAGUAGUAAAAACAGCUCUUCCUCUUCAAAGCAAAAAAAGACAGAAGGGAAGGUUUCUAGCAGUUCCAAGGAAACCAAGGAAAAAGUUCCAAACAGCUCUUCAAAUUGUCCUCCAUCUACAACAACUCCUGAUAGUUCCAAGUCCCGAAGAGCAAAGCUUGCUUUUGAUGACAGGAGCUAUUCAGCAGAUCAUUACUUACAAGAAGCAAAAAAACUAAAGCACAAUGCAGAUGCAUUGUCCGAUAGGUUUGAGAAAGCGGUCUACUACCUUGAUGCUGUUGUGUCUUUCAUCGAAUGUGGGAAUGCAUUGGAGAAAAACGCUCAGGAAUCCAAAUCCCCGUUCCCUAUGUAUUCAGAAACUGUGGAACUAAUUAAAUACACUAUGAAGCUGAAGAAUUACUUGGCACCAGAUGCCACAGCUGCAGAUAAAAGACUAGCCGUGCUAUGUCUGCGAUGCCAGUCGCUGUUGUACCUGAGGUUGUUCAAGCUGAAGAAAGAGAGUGCAUUGAAAUACUCGAAAACACUGACUGAACAUCUAAAGAAUUCCUAUAACAAUUCGCAAGCCCCCUCACCUGGCAUAGGAAGCAAAGCCGUUGGGAUGCCGUCGCCGGUCUCCCCCAAGCUUUCCCCGGGCAAUUCAGGCAACUACUCUUCAGGGGCCGGCAACCCUUCGGGGAGUGGUUCUUCAGUGACAAUUCCGCAGAGAAUUCACCAGAUGGCAGCCAGCUACGUCCAGGUCACCUCCAACUUCCUCUACGCGACGGAAAUUUGGGACCAGGCCGAACAGCUUUCUAAAGAGCAAAAAGAAUUCUUUGCUGAACUGGAUAAAGUUAUGGGCCCGCUCAUCUUUAAUUCAAGCAUCAUGACAGACCUAGUUCGUUACACCCGGCAGGGACUCCACUGGUUGCGUCAGGAUGCCAAGUCGAUACCUUGAACUGAAGGAUUUGAAACCAGAACACAUUCUCGCUGCCUCUGAUUUUUUUUCUCCACAACACUGUGUCAUGUCAAUAAGGAAAACUGCCAUAACACAUUGCUUAGUUGACACUAAGAGCAAGGAAUGCUUUCUUCGGGCCUCCAUGUCUCAUCUCUGUUUCGUUUUGUUUCGUUUCAGUUUUUUGGUUGUUGUUUUGGGGUUUUUUUUCCCUCCUGUUUGUUUUGUAUUGUUUUGUGCCCAAAGCCAUCGUCAUGUUAAUGGAUUCCUUCAGUAUUCCCCCAUUUUAAAAGUUAUUUAAAUAUUUUAAAUCUACAACAUAUUAAUAAACCGUGUUUUCACGGUUCUGUAAUGGGAUUGGGAUUCCAGUUGUAAUACAUAAUAAUCAGUUUACUAUUUAUUUUAAUUUUGUGUUUUGUUUUUUUUUAAAUUACCCAGUUUGGGGCUAUUUUAAGACUUAGUUAUUGCUUCCUAUAAAUUUACCCUGUCAAGUACUUACCAGAAAUUCAUUGUAGACACUUUUUAUUUAUAUACUCUGUGAGCUUUGUUACUCAGUAAUGUCUUGUGGUAGAGCUUGUAAAAGAAUAAGGGGUGAUAAGUCCUAAAAUAUAGGGACAUGUACUUUCCAUGCCUAAUCUGCUAUUCAAAUCUUAAAUGGCAACUACAGUUUUAUUAUUGCAGAAUUUGUACUGAAUAUUUAGAGAAAGGUUCAGAUAUUCUUCUACAUGUGGAAAAGCAUUUACAUAUGGAAGUGGAGAACAAGAUGGGAAAAAGUAUUUAGCUGUAUAUACCUUGGGGUAAAUCAAAAUCCAGGAACAUAUGGUUAAUAACACUAUCACAAUCACAGAAUGUUACAGUAACUUGCAUUUAAUGCAUUACAAAGGAGAUCAGGUAAUAAUGUGAACUUCAUUCAUGGAAAGGUGCCAUCAUGCAAAGGUUUUCAUAAAAGGACAAUCUUGUACUUUUCUGUAUUUGUUAAAGCAUGUGUGGGUGGGGUUUUUUGUUAUUUUUUUUGUCCUUGUUAUUGUUACUGGUCAUUGGACACUUAAAGGAAACAGUACAAUUUGCUAUUGCUUUCUUGCUAUUGAAAGAAUGGUUACAUAACGCUUGAUAGAAGUAAUUCCUGUAUCUCAUCACUGCCAGGGCCAAAAAAAUUUGAAAUGAUGUUGAAAGAUCAGGCCCCUAUCUCUCCCCAACCUUCAUUUUUGAAUUACAUUCUUUCUCUCUUCCUUCCGAGGGAGCUGGGAAGGGAGGGUCGGCUAUCCGGUGGAUCCUUUACUGUGAUUGUGCAAUGUUCAUUGUGGGGAUGGGGUCGGAGUUUGAGCGCGGAUGAUUUCACUAUAUACAGUUUUCAAGGAAGUUGUGAAACAGUUCUACUGUAGAGAUGUAGAACUUUUCCUUUAAUCCUGUAUUUAUCCCACUGUAUUAUUGAAGGCCCUCGUUAAUGAGAAAUGUGUCUGACGGGGGUAGGAUAUUCACUUUAGAGAAGUAUCUAACCUGGUGCAACAAGAGCCCCUUUUGGGGAUGGGGGGUUUAGUGGCUGCUUUGAAAAAGUUGUACACCAGAGUACCUUUCCACGUGAGGUACUUGUUGGAGUAAAAAGUGAGGAUCUUAAACUGUUCGUACUGCUUUCAAUAUUGCUUAGUGCCCCUAUCCAUGUCUGGUGUGCCUUAUGCCUUACACUUAGAUGAAGAUUUUAUGAACUGUUUACAGAUGAAGUUUUACAAUAGGACCAGGUAUACUGUCUCCAGUCGGUCUUCUGCAGUACUUUAGUAAAAUUCCAUUUCCUCGGGAAUGUCUCUCUGGGGUCGGAGCUGUCUGUCGUGGAAACGAUAUCUUCGGUUGUGCAAUCUCAUCGCCCGAAACGGCAGGAGCGGGUUGGUAGAAUUCCGCUGCCGGAAGGCGCCCGUCCUCCCGAUACCAGAUUUGAACGUGUCCGUUCAGGAAAAGGAUUGCACUGAAUUUGAAUCUCCUUGUGGAGUGCCAAAAUGGGACAAGGUCAAAAGAAGGAAUCGAAUUCUACAGCAUUUAGUACUGCAGGCAGUCCCUCUCGGUUUGUGUUCCUUUAGCCUCCUACAGUCUGCAACUCCGGUUGCGUAUUUGAUGGGCUUCCUCUCUUGUCCGACUGGUUUCGUACUUCCAGAAAAGCUUCCCUCUGUGUUCACCGGUUGGAGAAUUCCCCACCCUUCUCAUUCCCGCCCUCUCUGCCACCCGUCUUGAGAAGAUAAUGUUCAAAUUUAAUCGUGAUUUUGAGCUCAAUCUCUCUAGGUCUAUUAAGGACGGCGUUCAAAGAGAUGACCUCUCUCCAGAGUCUGCAUCUCAGCCCUCUAGUUAAAUAGGAAAGUCAGCCCCCCCUUUAAGGAGAUGUAACCUGGACUUUGUUAUCCACCAGGCCUACCUCCCUCUACCAAAGGUCCCCGACUUAUGAUACUGACUUAAAAGCUCAAAACAGCCAUCCACGUCUUGUAGGGUUCUCGUUGGGCUUAAUUUCUACUCCAUUAUCAUUGAGACCAGCAAGAAUGUACACCGAUCUGGACACUUUAAGGAGACUCGCCCGUAUGUGGCUUGUGUUGCACUGAAGCAUUCCUUCGUCAAAUUAGGGUAAACAACCAGGCUGGUGGAUUUUAUGCUUUUUUUUUUUCAAUUUAGAGGACAUUUUAUUCCCCGAUGGUGGGUGACGUGAUCAGAAUUUGGGCUUCAAAUGUAAGUCUUUCAAUGUGAUGGUUUCCAGAGUGCAGUAUUACUUUCUCACUUGCUAUUUAUGCUUAAAAUAAACAGUAGGCCAACCUUUUUGCUCA